UCACCGCUGCGCAGCCGUAGAGGCGUCGUAUCAGUAAGCUGAGGUGGACUUCUUCCCUUUAGUCAGCGGCAGAGACUCAGUGCAGUCCCGCAAUUGGACCUCAGGAACAAGACGAAACGUACCCAGACAACCUCUCAAGACACCAAGAUGAUCCGUAUUGCCGCUUUCCUCGCUCUGCUGGUGGCUGCGUGCUCCGGAGAGACGUGCACCGACCCAGCGAUCACCCCCUCGGCCUACACCACGUCUGACGCCGUCAUCUCCUCUGAGUCGGUCUUCAUCGUGGAGCUCAGCCUCGCCUGUGCCAACGGAGCGCAGAGCGUGACUCUGUAUGCUGAUGUAAAUGGGAGACAGUUCCCUGUGACCAGAGGCCAGGACGUUGGCAAGUACCAGGUGUCGUGGAGUCUUCCUCACAAACAGGCAAGCUCUGGAACAUAUCAGGUCAAAUUCUUUGACGAAGAGUCCUACAGUGCUCUGCGCAAGGCCCAGAGAAACAAUGAAGAUGUAAAUUCCAUUGAGCCUCUCUUUUCCGUCAACAUUGAUCACAGGGGUGUGUGGAACGGCCCCUGGGUGGCUACUGAGGUGGUUGCCGCCCUCAUGGGUAUCCUGGUCUACUACAUGGCCUUCACUGCUAAGAACACCAUCCAGGCAUAAACGGUUCACAAUCACCGGAUUGUUAAAGACUGAAUUCUGGUGGAUCUCCACCAACGAUCCAUCAUCCAGUGUGGUGGUGGCAAGCCAAUAGGAUUUUGCCACUUGAUCUGCUUUGGGAAAAGCAGCAAGAGCAGCGGUCUUUUUAUACUUUUUUUUUUUUUUUUUUUAAUUCGAACUAUGUUUGAAUACCAUCAGUCUUGUUAAUUUUUCAGAUGACUUUCGUCACAAGUUUGUCUUGUCAAAAAUGGAUGGCGUUUUGUAAAAAAAAAAAAAAAGAGUUAAUUCUAAAACCAAACAAUAAAC